AUGGAUGCCAACAAGAUGAGAUGGACUGCGGGAAUCUUUACAUCCGAUAUCCAGAUCGACCGCUCCCAGGAAGCAAAAGUCGUGAGAAAGCUGGACCUGUAUAUCACACCCGUACUCUUCAUCGUCUAUCUCUCACGCUUUAUCGAUAGACCCAACAUCGGAAUUGUCAAAGUCGCCGGCAUGCCCGAAGAAAUCGGCGCCACCAAUCAACAAUACUCAACAGCCGUGUCCCUCUUCUUCGUAACCUACGUGCCCGUAGAAGUCCCAGCCGUCCUCCUCGUCAAACGCUUCGAACCCCGCUUCGUCCUGACAGCCCUCUGCGUAAUAUGGUCCGUCACGACAGUAGUCAACGGCUUAAUUCGCAAUGUCGGCGGCCUUUAUGCAUGCCGUUUGGUCCUCGGCGCCUGCGAGGGCGGUCUGCUCCCUUCUCUCAACAUGUACCUCACCAUGGUAUACAAGCGAGAUGAGAUUGCAAAGCGCACAUCUUACCUCGUCUCGUGCACGGCAUUAUACGGUGCUUUUGGAGGCUUGUUGGCGUACGGGUUGUUGCAAAUGGAGGGUGUAUGCGGGCACGUUGGCUGGAGAUGGGUGUAUCUCAUCGAAGGGGCGUUUAGUGUCAUAUGCGCCUUUGCUGUUUGGUUCGGUUUGUCUAGCGACGUUCGGAACGCGUACUUCCUCAAUGAAGAGGAGCGAGUGAUCAUGGAUAUGCGGCACCAAGAGAGAUUGGAUUACAUGGGUAGUAACGAGCUUGGUUGGAAGGAAGUCAAGCUCGCGUUCUUGGUACCGAAGACUUGGCUUAGCGCGUGGACACAAUUCUAUCAGAACAUUUUGACGAAUGGAUUCGGCACUUUCUUGCCCUCCAUAUUGCACGCUAUGGGCCACGGCACGCUGGCUAGCAACUCCUUGACAAUACCCGUGUAUUGCCUCGGUGCGCUGGCAUUCUUCACUUUUGCAUUUCUCUCAGACAAGUACGGAAAAUGCGGCAUGUUCCUCUUCAGUACCAACCUUGUAGGCGCAAUUGGCUAUGUGAUUUUGAUCGGCGUUAACAACAAUGCCGUCAAACACUUUGCCUGCUUCACUUGCGCUGUUGCAGUAUAUGAUGGCAUAGGGCUUAACCUGGCCUGGCUUAUCGUCAACACAGCACCACAAUAUCGGCGUGCAACGGCCAUUGGUAUUCAACAGACAAUCGGCAACUCAGCCGGUGCUGUAGCAGGCCAAAUCUACAGAAGUUCGCCGUAUGUUCUCGGGAAUGGGUCUUCACUCGGAGCCAUCUUUGUGGCAGAGUGA